GACGAGAGGAUGGGCGGCGGGGCCGACUGGGUCUGGAACGGCUCGCACGGGCGCCUUCUGCUGCUCAAGCUUGCGAUCGCGAGCGUCAUUCUGGAGAUGAGCGAGUGUGGGCAGCACGGGGCAGCAGAGACGGCUGAGGGCCGCUUGGGCUGCGCCAUCCGAUGCAUACGCGCGGCGGUGCAGACAAGAUAUGAAUUGCCGUGCAGCGAGCGGCUUGAAGGCCGCGGCGGCACGGCGCGGUACAGCUACCGAGGAGAGCCAGCACUCGAGACCGGCUCGCUGCGAAGGGCGUGGGCUUGGGACAGAAUAGUCGCGCGGCUUCAGGAGAGCGGCGUUG